AUGCCCGUCCGAUCCGCCAAGUUGACUGCCACCUCCCUCGCCCCCAUGCCCGUAGCCUCUGGGAGCGACGUUAAUUGCUUCAUCCUCUUCGCCGAACAUGAUGUUUUUCUAUCCGGGAUUGACCACGAUUGUAAAGGCCAUCGCGGGGGCCAGAGUGGCACCGCAUUGCUGCGAGGUAUUCUCCAGCUGUCUGUCAGCAAGAACAUCAAGAUCAAGGCCGUGCAGCUUGAGUUGUUGGGUCGCGCCCGUACGGAAUGGCUACAGAAAAUGAACUCGGGUUAUUACGAAGAGGAAAUCCUACAAGCACAGGUAGUGACAUUUUUUAAUGCCAUGAACAAUGAGUGGAAGUACGAUUAUGGGAACCAGUGCAAAUUCCGACUGAAGAGCACAUCGCCCAACGACAAUGAUCUUAUGGAUGAACUAAACCGGUCGAAGUCAUUAUCGCCGCAUUACCACAGCAAUGAUGGCACCGAAGACCUAAAGCGAUUAUCCUCUGAAAAUGCUCAAGUGCGAAGCCUCAACAAGGACCACCCGAUUGCAACGGCAACGGAAAUGAAACGGUGCAAGUGGGAGCUGCAUGCGGCUGUCGACCGUGCUGGCAUAUUCAACCCUAACCUGCACGGCGUGAAGGAGGUUUCAAUUGUGCGAGUGCCUGACCCAUUGUCUCUGGAGAUGACGGAGUCUAUGUUAAUUAGCCGGCAAUGGCAAGAUCAGCUAUAUUACGAUAUAAUCAUCUCCGGGAAGUGUUUCCCCGUCGGUAGCAAGAUCCCAAUCACCUUCCAGUUGACGCCUCUGGCCAAGGUCCAGGUGCACGGGCUCAAGGUAUUUGUGAUCGAGUCGAUAGAAUACUGGUCUAAUGACAGGACGGCUGCCAGGAAGGCCUCAAGUCGUAAAAUCCUACUUCUCAGCAAGACUAUCCGAGGUGGUGAACUCAGUCCCGAACAGCGUCGCGAGGCCCGUGAAAUGGCCGCUAGACAACGGACUGCGGAGGUGUCGAGGCAAAGAAUUGCGGUUCAGCCCUUACCAGAGCCGAGUACUAACCUCGUGGGAGACUUGGACUUAGGAUUAGAGAGUUUUUGGGGCCCGACCGAGAUUGAAGUCGACGUGCAGAUCCCAACUUGUGGGAUGAUGGCUAGAAAUGAGAACUUGAAGCUGUAUCCCGAGUGUACUUGGAGGAGUGUCAAUAUCCGCCACUGGAUUCAGGUCAUACUGCCAACGAGUCGCCUCGAUCCCGUAGAUCCAACUGGAAGAAAGCGCCGGACUUUCGAGAUCAGCAUUAACUUGCCGUUUACUCUACUACACUGCCGAACCACUCCCAUGAACAUUUAUCUUCCCACCUACUCCGACAAGAUCUGCCAAUCUACUGCCUGCCAGUCAAUCUGUGGAUGCCCCGAUGCCUUGAAAAUUCCAACCGAAAGCUCGACCGACUACUGCACCAGAACACAGGCCGGUGUCAACCUAAUUAGCGGAGACCGUUCCUCCCCGCGUCGGGCUGCACACCUUGCCAGUGGUCAACAAAACCCACGCUCCUCCGCUGAGAUAGCCGUCGUCCAUGACUCUCAGCGGCCGAUCCAUGUAUUCAUAGGACCCAGCCUGAACCUACCUAUCUUCGAUAACAAUAUCGCGCAAUCCUCACUCCCAAACUCAUUGACGAAAUACUCGAAACAAGGGUCAUGA